GUAAAUGUAGAAACAGUUUUUUUUGUUUCUCAUCAAACACUAGUCUACUGUUUAAACAUGAGAACCAUAAAUGCUUUGGAGCCUUUGAACAAAGGUGUAGAAGAAUGUCUGUGCUGUGUGGUCCCACCUGUAAGUCCUGUGAGCCGGAACUUCUUUGCUGGCAAACAACAAUGCCUCCAUACUCUUUCAAAGGAAUAUCAUACUGCUGUUGAAAGCACUUGAGGGGGCAAAGAUAUGAAGAUUGGCAAAGGACCAGUGUGUGAGCUGAAGUCACUGAGAAACUGUGCAACCCUUUGUGUUUGUUGUGCGUUGUUGGCAGUGGCGCUCCUUUUUCAUCAUGACCAAUUUCUACUACACUGGUGGCCUCAGAAACCUACUGAGAAAACUAGGACUGGUGUUUUACCUCUGAAUAUGGCAACAGAUUCCAUUGAUGACAUGUAUGAUGGUUGCCGGUCUGAAACAGCCUCUGUGAUCGACUUGUUUGGCGUGUAUGAGUGGGACUAUAACAGAAACUUCAGUUUUGCCUGGGCUUCAACUGAAGGGGGUGCAAAGAAACCUGUGCACAAACACCUGAAAGAAGAGCAUGCUAUAGUUAUGUACAUGUACACAAAGAUGAAAUACAUCCAACAAGAUUUCAACCAAGCAGUGAAAACAGGGAAACACAAGUACAAUACAUACAGAUUUAAAUUCCACUAUUUCUACUUCUACCUGACUGAUGCGAUUCAAGUUCUGCGUCACAAUCAGACAUCAUGCAGAAUCACCUAUCACAGGACACGGAAACAGUUUGACCACAAUGUCAUCAACACAAACAUGCGUUUUGGUGCUUUCACCUGGGUAGCUUCAAGCAAGCAGUCAUUUGAUUUGAAUGGUAAUGUGUCUUGUUUUGAGAUCUACUCAUGCUUUGGUGCUGAAAUAACACAUUACUCUGCCACAAACCAAAUGGGACAGGUGCUUAUUCCUCCCUAUGAGGUCUUCAAAAUCACUCAUGUCCUGACAAAUGACCCAUGGUGCAGUGUUGUCUACAAGCUACAGAGCACCAAAAUACCAAGGAGAGAUUUAAAUUGUAAAUUGAAUCAAAGGCAAAUGAAAACAUAUUUUGAAGCCGUUUUAACACACUGUCCCACAAGCAGUGUAGGGAUGAUGGUAACCUGCAUAAUGCUGUUGAUUUUAAUUUCUUCAAUACUUGUUAAACGCAGGCAGAAGCGUUUUGUGGCUGCAGUGCUGGGUGCUCUGCUGGUGCUUGUGAUUAUUCUGGUGACAUGAGGUAGUCAUUAAGAAAAGAGGGUUGAUGUUGGGCUAAUGGAAACUUUAUCUUAUGGUGUUUGUCAUUGAAAUAAUUCAUAAGUCAUGCUUUUUAAAGAUGUAAGGAAAUAAAAAAGGUUUUGUUAGCUAGUUUUCAGAGGCCAUAAUGUGCACAAUCAGUGCCAAACAACUCACAAAUUCUUAUUCUGUUGAUUAUUGACAUAAUAAUGAGACAAUUUGCCUGAAAACAACUGAUAUCUAGUAGUUACUUAGCUAAUGGUACCAGUAGGAGUAUGUAAAAAUCCCAACCAAAAUAUUUUUGACCAAUCUCAGCUUGAUUGUUUAAAUUUGCAGCUUGACACAUUUCAAAGUUCUGUUUCUGAAACCUACCUAUGUGCAAUUGUGUUUCCAACAAUGUCCUACUGUCUUCCAAUCUGGUCUCUUACCACUAAGGAAAUUACUGACCCAAGAGCGCGACUAUACAAUCAAGCUCUCAAGAUCCACAGAUGCAUUGCACUCACGCUCUGGCUUACAGGGGCGGCUGUGGCUCAGUGGUAGAGCGGUUGCCUGCCAAUCGGAAGGUUGGUGGUUCGAUCCCUGCCCCUGCAGUCAUUGUCGAAGUGUCCUUGGGCAAGACACUGAACCCCGAGUUGCCCCCGGUGCUGCGCAUCGGAGUGUGAAUGUGUAUGAAUGUUUAUCUGCUGAGCAGGUGGCACCUUGUACGGCAGCCCCGGCCACAGUGUAUGAAUGUGUGUGAAUGGUGAAUGUUUCCUGUAGAUGUAAAAGCGCUUUGAGCAGUUGUUAAGACUGGAAAAGCGCUAUAUAAAUACAGCACAUUUACAUUUACAUUUACCAGAACUCUAUUAACAGCCACGCUGUUUUAUUUUCAGAUUCAAAAUGGCACUUUAACACUUGCACUUCUCCCAUCACACAACAUGAGAAUCCUCCCAUACAAAAACAACUAUGGCCAGAAAUCCUUUUUUCAUGCUGUUCAAACCCUAAAUCUAUGUUUAAUUGGGACCAUUUUCUAUCAGAACUGGAGAUUAAUUUCCAACAUAUAACACAAAGUGUUUUUCUCUUUAUUGAAAAGUAUCUAAAAAAAGACUGUGGUUAAGUGGGUUGGUUCUGAAAUAUAACCUUUAAAGGAAUAGUAAAAAGGUAAUUUAAUUGGAUUAUUUAACACAGUUUCUUAUAUUGAGGAAUAAUGUGCAGUUAAUAUUAUAUAGUCAAACAAAAACUACUUAAGUAGGGGAAAUAAAAAUCAAUGGAAGGAGGAGAUUUAGAAUAAGCCAACACUCAGAAACUUUGUUCAAAAUUAGAUUACAACACAUAACCUUAUGUAAAGUUUCAUUUACAGUGAGGGCGGAGGUCCUUUUGAGCGCGGUUACCUGAUCACUUGCAAAAAAGGAAGGCGGUUAUGAAGGUAUUCCUGAAGAUCAGCAUGUAUGCCUUUUUGUGAGCUUGGUGUUACAAGUUAUUGAGGAUGAAUUUCAUUUUGUGACGCUCCACAUUUCUCUAUGUACUGACUUUGUGACUUUUGUCUGACUUUGUUUGUUUGUUGAUUUGUUGAAGAACUAUGAUUUGUUUUGGUUGACUGAAGGUUACAUGUUGAGCAUGGCACCAAAACCCCAAACUGCUCAGGGCGCCUUCAUUGGCAGCCCCCUCGCUCUGCCAUCUCACCAUCAAUGCAUGUAUUGGUCCAGUUUGUGCAUGUGUGUGUGUAUUUUGGGCCUGUGUGUAA